AAGCUUGAAAGAAGUGAAAAAUAUUCUCCGAGAAAGAGUUUUCAAUAUAUAUGUUAUAUAAUUCUAAAAUCUAAUAUUUGACCUAUAUACGCAGUGUAAUUUUCCGACGAAGGGUGGUUAGUUGACCGCCCUCUAUAACAUGUAGCUUCGUCCAUGUCUCCAGAAACUUGAUAUUUUCUUCUGUCUCCCAAAACCCUAUUUAAAGACAAACUAAGCCCACUUCUUUUUCCCAUGCAAUUGUCUUCUUCACUAGCUACAAUUGUGUUCUUAUGCAUUAGUCUUGAUCUCUUUCUUUCCUCUAUAAUUAAUUAAUCUUCUCCAAAUUAAAGCACCAUUAUAUUUUCUCACUCGAUCUCCAUAAGGUUGUUCUCCACAUUGCACACUCAAACCCCCGCCUAUAUCAUCACUAGCUGUAAUAUUUCUUCAAAAAGUUUACGUUUGAAAAAUGUCAAGCAGAAGGUCGUCACGUUCAAGACAUUCAGGAGUAUCUUCAAGGAUUUCUGAAGACCAGAUAAAUGAUCUUGUUUCCAAGUUGCAGGACCUUCUUCCUGAGCUUCGUAAUAGGUCCUCUGACAAGGUUUCAUCAGCGAGGGUGUUACAAGACACAUGCAACUACAUAAGAGGCUUACACAGAGAAGUUGAUGAUCUUAGUGAGCGCUUAUCUCAGCUCUUGGCCACUUCAGACACCGCCCAAGCUGCACUUAUUAGAAGCCUACUUUUGCAAUAGACCAUAUUUUCUCUCUUUUUUUCUUUUUUAAAUUUCUGUUUCCUUCAUAUUUUGAUUUUGCAUUUCAAAUUAUUCUUCUAGGAUUUUCCUUACACUCUCUCCUUAUUAAUUUUGUUGACUACUAGAAAAUCCUUACGAAGUAGGAGUAUCUAAGAUCUUUAAAUUCUUCAGUUUAAGUUGUGUGCAAUAAAGAGGAGAGCAUUUUGAUUCUCA